AAUGAUUAAUGAUGAGCAUGAGCCAUGGUGCUGAGGGCCAUCGGCACGACGAUGAUGGGCAGCAGGUCAGCAUUGGGUUGCUCAUACGCCGCGUUAGCCCGCUGCAACCAUUGAACGACUGAUGGCUUCGUCUGGACGGGAUUGGCGGCGCCAUCAGAGCCACCGCGCACUGCAGCAGCAGCAGCACCACCACCACCACCACCAGAAACUGAUCUCCACCGCCACGCUGACGCUCUUCGUCCUCUUCCUCAGCAGUUGGAUAGCCUAUGCAGCGGCCAAGGCCACCGCUCCAGUUCCGCUCGUGGAAGGCGAGACGGAGCCGUCGUCCGCGCAGGACUUCAACAGCAGCAGCGCCUUCCUGGGGGCCAUAGCCUCCGCCUCCGCCUCCGCCACCGCAUCCGGCUCGUCCUCGGCCUCGUCCCCGGGAUCCUUCUUGCUCGGAUCCCCGAUGAACAGCAGUCCCAUUGCCAUAGUCACGUACCAGGGCAUCACCAGCAGCAGUUUGGGGGACAGCAACACCACUCUGGUGCCCCUUUCGGAUACGCCUCUGCUCCUGGAGGAGUUCGCCGCCGGGGAGUUCGUCCUGCCUCCGUUGACAUCCAUAUUCGUGAGCAUCGUCCUGCUGAUCGUCAUCCUGGGCACGGUGGUGGGCAAUGUCCUCGUCUGCAUUGCCGUGUGCAUGGUCCGCAAGUUGAGGAGGCCUUGUAAUUACCUCCUGGUCUCGCUGGCCCUCUCGGAUCUCUGUGUGGCCCUGCUGGUGAUGCCCAUGGCCCUGCUCUACGAAGUGCUGGAGAAGUGGAACUUCGGCCCGCUGCUCUGCGACAUCUGGGUGUCCUUCGAUGUGCUCUGCUGCACCGCAUCGAUCCUGAAUCUGUGCGCUAUAUCCGUGGACCGAUACCUGGCCAUCACGAAGCCCCUGGAGUAUGGAGUGAAACGGACUCCCCGGCGAAUGAUGCUCUGUGUGGGCAUCGUUUGGCUGGCGGCCGCCUGCAUUUCACUGCCGCCGCUGCUGAUCCUGGGCAACGAGCACGAGGACGAGGAGGGGCAGCCCAUCUGCACGGUGUGCCAGAAUUUCGCAUAUCAGAUCUACGCCACUUUGGGCUCCUUCUACAUCCCGCUCUCGGUGAUGCUGUUCGUGUACUAUCAGAUCUUCAGGGCGGCACGGCGGAUUGUCCUGGAGGAGAAGCGGGCCCAGACGCAUCUGCAGCAGGCUCUGAACGGCACAGGAUCCCCCACGGCCCCGCAGGCUCCUGCUUUGGGCCACACGGAGUUGGCCAGCUCGGGAAAUGGGCAGCGGCACAGUAGUGUCGGGAACACCUCGUUGACCUACUCCACCUGCGGUGGCUUGAGCAGUGGCGGUGGAGUCCUUGCAGGACAUGGCAGUGGCGGUGGGGUGAGUGGAUCGACAGGACUCUUGGGCUCGCCGCACCACAAGAAGCUGCGGUUUCAGCUGGCCAAGGAGAAGAAGGCAUCCACCACACUGGGCAUCAUCAUGUCCGCUUUCACCGUCUGCUGGCUGCCGUUCUUCAUCCUGGCCCUCAUUCGUCCUUUCGAAACGAUGCACGUGCCGGCAUCGCUCUCGUCCCUAUUCCUCUGGCUGGGCUAUGCCAACUCGCUGCUGAACCCCAUCAUCUAUGCCACCUUAAAUAGGGAUUUCCGCAAGCCCUUCCAGGAGAUCCUCUACUUCCGCUGCUCCAGCCUGAACACUAUGAUGCGGGAGAACUACUACCAGGAUCAGUACGGCGAGCCUCCCUCGCAACGGGUGAUGCUGGGCGAUGAGAGGCACGGCGCCAGGGAGAGCUUUCUCUAGGCCUUUCCAAAGGACACAUCCAUCACCCAGGAUAACAGCAAAGCCAAGCGAAUCUGAGCUGCUCGAAGGAUCUUCCAAAGGUUUUCGGAAGAAGGCGACGUCUCUCCUCGACACACUCACACACCUAAGUAUACACACUGGGGUGGCCAUCUAAAUAAAAUAGAUAAUGUAAAGGUUUAGGGGAAAAACACAAUUUUGGACAGUUUUAAGUACAUGUUCCUUGAGGUAUUUCACAGAAUAGCAGCUUAUUUAGUUGUUUAAUCUAUCGGAUGGCUUUAAUUGCAGUUCUUGACUGGCUAUUAAUUUUGAAGGACACCUAAAAGUAUAUUAAAAUAUUGUGGUGUGGCCUUUUUUGUUUGCCAGAAUGUGUAAAAUUUUAUGAAGGCCAAAAUAAUUUGCUUUUAGUGCAUAACUAGUUAAAUUAAUUUGAAAAUAAUAUUUAUUGUGCUAAAGUCCAAAGAGGCAAAGUAAAAUUAAUCGAUUUAAAAAGUGAUUUAAGAGCUCUAAUUGCUUUUGCAGGCUGAAAAAUUACACCUAGUGACAAAAUUGAAUAUUUCGUAAUUAAAUUGAAUUCUUUAACAAAUGCUAGAUGACUUUAUUCUAGACAUAAAGCCUCAAAGGAAAAUAUACCAAGAACGGUCCAAAUAUUAAUUUUCACCACCCCAGUACACACACACAUGGAUAUUUGUAUGUAGUAGUGUUAGUAGUGCGUAUCUCUGUAUAUGUGCACCGCCCCAAACGACUCCUCUAAAUGUAACUUGUUGUUGUAAUUUUAAAUGUAGAACUAAGCAAUCGGCGUGGUCUAUACCACACACACAUACACACACCACACCUACACUCACAAACCAAACACAUACACACACACACACACACGGUUGUAACUGUGACAGGUUUCUACGGUUCCUUUUAUGUUUCGAAAACAAUCAGCACCGGAUAUGAGACACAAUCGUUAUCGAAUCUAUUGAUACCCCCAAAAAAAAAAAAAUGGAAAACCAAACAAUCCCCAUUUUCCGCCCCCCCCCCAAAAUUUGCCAGCGUAGUUAGUUGAUUUGCGAUACUCAAACUGAGCCAAAAAUUAAAUUUACAAACUGCAGAUUGCAGCCAAUUAAGCCUACUGAUAAACCUAGAUAUAUUUAUGUUUGUGCAAGAAGCUAUCCACUGUAAAUACCCAGCCAUCUGCGGCUCUGUCUAUAACGAUAUAUAUAUAUAAAGAUAUAGAAAAGGUAGCCUAUAUAUAUGUAUACACUGUGCGGCUCAAGCUCAAGUGAGAAGAACUAAAUUGUAUUUUGUAACUUUCUGCAUUAGUCUUUCGUUGUAUUUUGUAUGAAAAGUCACGCCUCUCUGUGAUACCAAACAUUAAGCAUUACUUUUAUGUUUAGAUCGAAGCUGCAUCAAACGUAAUACACACAUACCUAUACAUAUAGAUAUAGUCGAACUAAGUGUGCAUGUUUUUAUUGUAUAUGUAUGUAGCACUGCGAGAAGUGCAUUAUGAUAUUCGCAACAAACCAACCAGCAAAUGGAAAAUGGAAACUGAGCUAUUCAUAACUUGUUGUUUCAACGUAAACACAAGUGAGAGAUAAACUAUCAAACUAUUUACAUAACCCACAAGCAUACACUUUCACACACCCACAAUCGCCACCCAUGAUAUGAAAUUGAAAAUGGAAUGGAACGGAAAAUGAAAAACAAAUAAAGGCAAACGAGCAUGACAAAACUAAGCGCAGCUAAUUAUACGCAACCCGAACUAAAGGUUAUUACAAAAACAAACAUCAAAUAUUAUAAU